GGAGAAUUAGAAAUUGUAAAUAAACAUUGUGUUAACUCGUGCCGUGUGUAAAUUCUGAGUUAAAUGCUUAGUUAGAAUAUUAUAACUAUGGAUUUAAAUAAUAGUCAAUUAAAAGAUGAACUAAAAAAGUUUGAAAUAAACUUGACUCUCGGAAUUCUUACCGAGGAUAACUUUACUGAGGCUUUAAUAAAGCUCUUAUUAAGCAGUAAAGAUGAACAUAGCCUGUUAUUAAGCGAACUCAUCAAAAAAAUUAUUAAUCAUAACUACAAGGAUGUUUUAAAUAUGAACAUUAAUUUCUUGAAACCUUUAGUGACUUUUUGUGCUGAAAAAACUCCUGAAUUUAGUUUUGAAAAUGGAGAAAUCAAAUCUAAUUACAGUAAUGUAAUCCAUUCCUCAAUGAAUGACUUUAAUUACGUUAAGCAAUUGAUCUUAUUGUUACUUGCUGUUGCUGCCUUGCAAGAAUUCGUUGGAGCUAAUCUUUGUGGACCAAGUAUACCAGAAGAAGCUUCUUUUGCAGUCCUAUCUGAUUUGCUUCCGGUGGAAGUUUAUACAAAUGAUCGUGUUUUAGAUGUAUUGAGCAGAAACGGCGAAACCAUAAUGACUAAAAUAUCGCACCCUAAACUAUUGUAUUCAAGUCUUUUAUUACUUUCUGCAGACACUUUCAGCCAAUGUCUUACUCAUAAAUGGUGGCUAAUUCGUUGUCUUAUGGUGCAGCAAAGAAUUAUUCAAGAAACAAUUCCAGAUUUGCACCUCUUGAUAUCAGUACUUAUAAAACAGCUGAGGGAAAUGGAAUUUUUAAAUGAUAAAGCAGAAUCAUUAGCUUUGAUUAUGUUUUUGACUGAAUGUGCUCACAUACAUUUACAUUACCAUGAAGUAAACUCAGCUGAAAUGUGCAUUAAUGAAGCAGGUAAUAAGUUGGACUUGCAAAUUGAAUUGAGUGGAGCCGUUGGAAAGAGAACGCGAUUCCAAACAAAACCUGUUGCACAAUUAGUGGUAAAAACUACAAAAAAUGAUAGUGUGACGAAUCAAUUAGCUAAUAGUGAUAAAUUUCCUAAAGAUUUGGCCCUAGAAGAUGAUACUGUGUUAAAUAAAAUAGAAUAUGUUAACAUUGAAGAUAAUAACACAGAUGAAACAUUACCAGAAGAACAAAUUGUAGUUUUGGCUCACUGCUGCUUAAUGCAGAAAAAAAUGGCUGCAACUGAUCUAAAACAGGAAGAAAUUAUGUCAUAUGUCAAUUUUCUUUUAUCGCAACCCAGACUUUGGUCUGUACAAUUCAAAGCUUUAACUCUUAGAUGCCAGGUUGAAAAAGCAGCUACAAGAAAAUUUGAACGCUCUCUUACUCAAUUGGAGGAGUUGAUAAAUACUGCAACAAAAGACGAGCCACCUUUUUCUGUUAGACAAACAGGUUUAUAUUGCACAUCUUUUCCAUUUAAAUAUAAUUUAGAGAAACUAUUAGCUGAACUGUUAAUAAGUAUAGGCUCUGUUAAGAGUGCAUUAGAUAUAUUUGAAAGAUUACAUCUCUGGGAAGAUGCUGUUGUCUGUUAUAAACAGCUUGGAAUGACUGUUAAAGCUGUAGAAGUUCUGGAAAGAUUGAUUGCUAAGAAAGAAAGUCCUGUCCUUUGGUGUUACCUUGGAGAUGUAACAGAUGAUCCUGAGAAUUAUAAAAAAGCCUGGGAAUUAUCGGGUCAGAAAAACUCCCGCUCUCAGCGUGCUUUGGGUUACUAUUACCUUAAAAGGAAAGAUUAUGAAAAGUGCAUUCCUCAUUUCAUUCUCUCAACAGAUGUAAAUCAUUUGCAACCUACUGUGUGGUUUACUUUAGGUUAUGUGGCAACAGAAGUCGGGGACUAUGAGCUUGCUGCUCGUUCUUAUCGUCAGGUAGUUCUGCUUGAUAAUGAUAAUUUUGAAGCAUGGAAUAAUCUCUCAAAUGCCUACAUUAAAUUGAAACAAAAGGAACGAGCCUGGAGGAGUCUCCAAGAAGCUUUAAAAUGCAACUAUGAAGAAUGGAAAGUUUGGGAGAAUUUCUUAAUUGUUAGUGUUGAUGUUGGGGCUUUUGAAGAUGUUAUUAGAUCCUAUCACCGCCUGCUUGACUUAAAAAACAAGCACAUAGAUGCAGAAGUUUUAAAGAUUUUGGUAAAUGCUAUUGAUAAGAAUUUACCAGAUAUACACGACUCACCUUCAUCGAGACUCAAGGACAAAUCACUCCAACUCUUUGGUCGUUUGACUUCGAUUGUUACAAAUAAAGCUGAAUUAUGGGAGCUGUAUUCUAUUUUGCAAUGUAGUGGAACAGACUUUAAAAACAGUAAAGAUGUGUUGGAUAAAGCUGUAACAUUUCAACAUAAAGCAAUUCGCUCCUGUAUUCAAAAUUCAGAAUGGGAGGAAGAAAUUAAUGCUUUCAAUUUAACUCUAAAUUCUGCUUUGAGAUUUGCUGAUCUUUGUAUAGCUUAUGUAGAGCUUUUGGAAGAAGCUUCUUUAAAACAACAACAAAAAUCUGUAGCUAAAUAUUCCUUGCAAAAUAUUAUAACCAAAGCAGAUAGAGCUUCUUCUAGAUUUCCUGAAAAUUUUCCAGAGGAAACUGUGUUAAGUUUAAAAACUUCUUUACAGACUCUAAUUGGUCUUUAAAAGUUAUAUUUGAUAAUAAAUAUCUUUUUUAUCAUGUUUUUUAAAA